CUGCUCCAAUUGUUUGGUUGUGUUUUUGGCCCCAGAGCCGUGUAGGGUGCGGCGAUACGACAUACAUCCAUAGCGGUUACUAGGACUGGGUCGAGCGAGAAUAACGAAUUUUGCAAUAGUUUUGCAAUAGUUUCCCGCCCUCAAGGGCAAGAGACGAAUGAACUCUCUGAGUUUAAAGUCUCUUUAAUUCAAUACCGUUACCGCAUGUCUCGGGAAAAAAAACGACGUUUGAAUGUUUAUAUCCACCGAUGCCGCCUUGUGUGUGUGUGUGUGUGUGUGUGUGUGUGUGAUUGUGACGCACGUCCUUUCAAUAAAAGUGACUUAAAUAUACUAUCACUACAGCAAAUAAGAAGAUUCCUAGUUGUUUUGUAAGUGUUUCAAGUUUUUUUCAAGUGCGGCUAAACGAAUGUCUAUCACUGUACUUGAUCAUAAGCCUCUUUAUUUAGAGGUUCUAAAAGACCAUUGAAACUAAAUAUUCUCUAAGACAUCAUUGGAAUGUCCAUAUGACGAAAAUGGCUGAACGGUUAGAGUGUCUUUUUUAUAAAAGAUCCAUCAGUCUAAACAAUCAACCUACACUAUCUGGAUACAACGUGAAAAAACUUGAUGUUUUUUCAAUGACUCACAGCAGAACAUAUCUUCAAGCAUCUUUUCUAUCAAAAAAAUACAAAAACAAAUCUUUUUCCCCCUCCAAAGCACUGCGGAGUAUAGUUUCAGUCCCGACAGCCCUAUCAUUUCACUUCCUCGAACCGAAAAGUGGGAAUCACGCCAGCGAAAAGUAUCACUCUUAUCAUUCGGACCUGAUCUUACAUGUCUCCCAUUUUUUUUUAUCUCGCGUUCGUGCGGAGUCGAUAAAAAGACUUUGUUUAAUUGCCGGUGCGAAGUCAUCGUCAUCGUUAGAACAGUGCAAACACGCAUCCAAUAAUGUUGAACUAUUGGCUUUCACCUACCAUUUUGGUUUCUGCGUUGAUCUGCGCGACUCACUCUCAUCCUCGAAACGCGGGCGGCGUAUCGCGGACCAGGGAAGUGCCCAGGUUUUGGGUUCGUUUGUCCCCAGCGGACCACCGAGUGGUGGUUUCGAGUGUAGGAAAUUCUAAAAUUGCCGGUGGCGCACCCGCGAAAGAUCGACAAUUUCCGUACCAGGCAGCACUCUUGAUCAACUUUGCCGACGAAUCUACGACCCUCUGCGGUGGAUCGAUUGUGUCUACAACGUUUGUCCUGACAGCGGCUCACUGUUUGGAGGGCGGGAUCGAUGCUACGGUGAUCGUUGGGACGAACACAGUCAGCAUCCCGAGUGAUGAUCGCGCGGUGGAAAUUGAUGUGACCUUCCACGAUAUGUUGGUACACCCCAAGUAUGAUCCGAUAGAUGUGUUGAACGAUAUCGCCAUUGUUCGGCUUACGAAAGCCCUAACGUUUUCCGAUACUAUUCAACCAGUCAAGCUUCCAUCGAGACAGGAGGCUCUCAGUGAUUUGGUGAAUGUGGACACGACCGUUUCCGGAUGGGGAGCCUUAGGUGAAGAUGAUUAUGCAGAAAUUGAGGAUAAUCUCAAACUGGAUCUACAUUUUCUUGUCAAACCCGUGAUUUCAUACGAAAAAUGCAACAUCGCGUAUGAACAUAUGAUACGUGAUUUCCAACUGUGCGUUUCCGGGGAGGAUGGACGGAAUGCUUGUCAGGGCGAUUCCGGUGGUCCACUCACAGCCAACUUGAACGGGAUGACAACUUUGAUUGGAAUUGUUUCAUAUGGAUCUAGCGAUGGGUGUGAGCAUGGAUCUCCUGUUGUUUACACACGUGUUGGUUACUAUCUCGAUUGGAUAGCGCAGCAUACUGAUGUGAAAAUUGUUGAUUGAAGUUUCCUAA